UGUCAGACAUGUAGACCUACACACCUCUGUGACUGGAGAUCAAGUGAUUACCGAGCUGGUCGGAUUAGCAGCUGAUCAGAGGUCAGCUGGAGGCGACCUGUGACCACUUUGACCCAGACUGUCGCAUCGCUGCCAUCCACUCAGUUCCAUCACAGCCAGCGGGAGGCCAUGGGCCAGGAGGAGAGCCACAGCGGGGAGAUGAACCUGGCUCAGAUCCAGGAGCUGUGCCUGGUCUUCAUGAAGGAGUGUCCCAGCGGCGCGCUGCACCUGCACGAGUUCAAGAGGAUCUUCGGGGUGGUGAGCAGCUCGGCGGAGGAGUCGCUCUACAUCGAGACGGUGUUCCACUCCUUUGACACCAACAAGGACAACACGCUGGACUUCAUCGAGUACGUGGCGGCGCUCCACCUGCUCCUGAGGGGGAACCUGGAGGACCGGCUCAAAUGGUCCUUCAAGAUGUACGACACGGACGGGAACGGCAUGCUGGACCGGCACGAGGUGAAGCAGAUCAUCCAGAUUCUUCAUAAAAUCAAACUCCAGAAGAGUGACAUCAGCAUGACGCCAUCGGAAAUCUGUGACCGGAUCUUUGACCUGGUGGAUCAGAAUCAUGACGGUCAGAUCACCUUGCCUGAGUUCAUGGAGGGAGCUCAGAAGGACGAGUGGCUCAUGAACCUGCUCAAGUUGGACGUCAACGCCACCGGUUGGGUCAUCCAGAACUGCGGGAAGUUACCGUGACCUCCCCCUUGGUGGGAGGCGCCACUUGCAGGUUUUUCUUUGAGGCCGACUCAGAGGUGUGUCUCACCUGUUUCUCACCUGUGGCUCACCUUUGUCUCCACGUUGAGCUUCCUGUGACUCAAAGCCGGAGCUCGUGAGUUCUGCUGUGAUUUUGAUUCCUCGCUGCUUGGCCUCUGGACUGUUGUGGCCUUCAGCUGAUGUCUCUAUCUUGAGGCACCUCAUGCUCACUAAGAACUUGGACUAUAAAUGCUUAAUUUACCUCAUUAUUGAUACGUUUCACAUUGUGUUUGACAUUCAGAGUAUUACACAGAACUAUUCACCGGUGAGGUGAAUAUUUCUGUUCACCCAGUGGUUUGAUGGCUUAGUAACUGAAUCCUUAGUGGUUGAUUUCCUUGGCUCUCUUCUUCAAAAAUCUAAAAACAUGAACAAAUAGAUUAUUACCAUUGGGUUUAUUUUAUUUAUUGUUUCCCUCGCAGGAUUUUGGACCUCGAGAGUCUUUGGAGCUGUUCAUCUGUGGUUUAUUGGUUUGCGUUAGUCCAGUAAUCUACAGGUGGAGGUGACACACAAACAUAUGCAGCAAUGUGCCAGCAGAGAAAGGAGUAGAAUAAAGCGGGAUGUUAACAGUAGUGGAUUUUAAAGACCUUCUGUCCUUUGAUUAGGCUACACAAUGGUACUGAACCCAAUGGUACUGAAAAGUGUCAUGAAAGUGUCAUGACCUUCGAGGCUGUGGUGACUUUCACAAUUAAAAUAAAUGAAAUAGUUUAGAGACUAUAACUUUCUGUUUGCCAAUGAAGAACAUUGGUUUGAAGGAUCCACUGGAUAUGUUUUGGUGUUAUUACAUAUCACUUAGUGAUGCAGAGGUUAUUUUACAGAAUUCUUAACCAAGAAAAACUGUUUUUACAACUUGAUACAAGUUGUGUUUCUGGCAAACACUGCAACCCCCCCCCCCUCUCUUCCCCUCUCCCCCAAAAAAUAGUUGAAUACUUGUGUUCCUUUUAGCUCUAGCUUUGGUCUCCACCACCUUUGGAAGGAAACAUCUGUCUCAUUUAGUGCUCCACCUUGUUCCCCGGCUGGUCGGUUGACCCCUGUUCUCAUUUUCUAUAAUAGUUUGACUCAUUGCGGUUUUGAAUAUGUUGAUGCAGCUUUGUGAGAGCACGUCGCCAAAGUACCAUCUUCAGUAUCUCUUCUGUUUGUGGCUCUCCAUCACAACGAACCUUAACAUUUCUGCAGUGAGACUGAACUAACAGACUGAUGUUUAAUUGACUCAUUUAUUUCUGCAGUUGCCAUUUUCAUCUGGUAAUAAAGAACCACAAAACAAAAUGACAAAAUAUCAUGUAUUAAUUUUUUUAGGUACUGUAUAAAGGGGAAGAGAUGGUUUCAGAUGUGAAUCUAUUUUGUUAUUAAGAACAUUUUAUGUACAUAUUCAUACACACAAUAUUUUCGUAACUUUCUGGACGUGUCUUUUUGUGAUUCUGUCACUUGGUGUCACUUGGAUUCAGAAAUGUGCAAAUCCUACUCACAGAGGGUUCAAAGUAAAUCCUCAAAGGCUCCGGAUCAGUCCGUGUGCGGCAGGUCAUAGAUCUCAUGUGUGUAAGUAGUUCUCACGUGACAUUAUCCAGGUCACGUGACGUGAUCAAGAACAGGUAUGGGUGUUAAGUGAGAAGAACGAGGUUGUUGGGUUGUUGAGUUGUUCUGAAACAGAUGUGAUAGAAAGAGGGAGUGGAAACCGUCUCAGGUUAUUACAAGACCUGCUGCAAAUGGAGAAGAGGAGGUUUCAAUAGGUUGUGAGCAAGGGUGGGCUGGAAGAAAGGAAUGG